AUGGCUGACGAGUAUCGCAGUGUCCUCGAAGUGCUCGAGGAUCUCGGGGUCCCUCCCAGUGACCACGAGUUCCUCCGCCGGCUUUACUCGUCGGAAGAUCCGUUCCCGGGUCCGUCCAACGCUGAACUCGAUCCCACCGCUGGCAACAGGGGUCCUGCACGGCUUAGUGCUGCUAACCUCGCCAACACACUUGCUGAGCCCGCUUGUGUGCAACGCCCCCCAAGCACCCCACAAGAGCAAAGAGAUCCAGUUCAUUACGGGGACGAGUGGGUCUCCCUGAUCUCUCAUGAAUCAAACUCGUUGAUUUCUGAAUUACGCGGACAACUUGAAUCACCGGAGGACAUCCGACGCCCAGGAUUCGCCGAACCACCCGGGUCAUCCGUCUAUGACAGCGACCGAGGUGAGCCCAGUAACUUCCAUAGUGAUCCCCCUACCCCUGGACCCUCAGGAUACCAACAGGCAUCCCUGCCAAGGACCCCGGCCAGAAACAACGACGUUGAGGAUCUGAUUUCAUCUUUCCCACGUCCUCCUGUUUUCAAUUCCCCGAAGGGAAAGCAAGCCCUCUCUGCCAUUGCGCCCGGAGAGCAACAAGGAAUUGUUGAAACCAGUACAAAGGCUAACCUUUUCACGCCUGACACUAGUCGACGCGUCAGCACUCCGACCAUAUUCGCUGAUUCAUCCACCGUGUUUCACACUGAUAUCAUUGAUACCGGAGAUCAAAGUCGCUCGGUCCCUCAGCGCCAAAAGAAGCAAUCUGCGUUUGCGCGCCUUAGUCAGACCAAACGUCACCGUCGAACCAAUCCUCGCCGUCUUCGGGCCGAUCCUUCGAGAAUUCACGGCAGUUUUAGCUUCGAUACUCUAGUCAUCCUGGCUCCGACUCCUUCGCCAUCUCCCCCUAGUACUCCAACUCGUACACCCCUUCUCAACGUUUCGCCCCCAAUUUCUCGCACAUCUCCCGUUGACUUCAUCGAGCAAGAUCCUCGCAGCACUCGUCACGGAGGAUACAAGGUGUCACUCGACCAUCCCAAGCCCAUCUAUCCUUCGUACGGAAGCCGUGACUGCAGAGCCUCAUACGGGCUAUUCCCGCAACCCUAUCAUUCCCCGCGCGCGUCUUUCAACUCGACCAUCCACAGGGUACCUCGCGUUCACCCAUACUGUGAGGCGACGGAUCCUCGCUUUUACCGCAAGACCCCUUUCCCUUCGCCUCUUGCUAAAUCCUCCCGCUCCUUGGACAAACACGCAGCAAGACACACAGGGGCUUUCAAACGCUGCCUCUCCCGAGUUUGCACACGCAUCUCAUCCUUGUGUGACCGUUAG